AGGUGAUUUGCCUUUCCUCACGUAUGAACUGGCAAUUCAGAAGGGGAAAGUAGCUGCAAUACGGCAAAGUUUUGUGCGGAAAUCGAACUUGGUUAAACCGUUCGCGGUGAGAAGAUCGUCAAAGGGGCGAAGCUGACUAAUCAUAUCAUCAUUGGAACAGCCGGGCGUUCGACCUUAAGAAGAUUGCCAUUUUUGUACCGGACGAGGCGGGCGUUAUGAUCGCUGUUCUUUUUAGCCACGUACGAGCGGGAGGUGAUGGGAUUCGUCCAGUACAUCGUAACCAAUCCGAUCAUGAUUCUUCUGGUGCGGGAGCAAGAAUCACUCGAUAACACCAAACACUACUACGUCAAAUGCCGCAACCAGGACGAGAAAUAUCAAGCAAUUUCAGACAUGUACGGUGUGAUUACCGUCGGACAAGCGAUCAUUUUCUGUCAUAUGAUGUAUAGGACAGUUGUAAACUCCAAGUAAACUUAUUUUCGGCAUUGUUAAUCGAUCGAAACAGGCACGCAAAACGGCCGGUUGGUUGACCGGCAGGAUGUCCCAGGAUGGUCACUCGGUAGCGGUACUGUCCGGUGAUCUAACGGUGGAGCAACGGUUGGAACGAACGUUUUGUCCAGGGGUAUCGACGUCGAACAGGUUACCAUUGUCGUCAACUUCGACCUGCCGAUGGAUUAGCAGGGACGAGCCGAUUGCGAAACGUAUCUACAUCGAAUUAGACGCACCGGUAGAUUCAAACGGAAUCACCAUCAACCUAGUGGGUAGUGAUCGAAGCAUGAUGAUUUGCAGAUCAACCGAAAAACACUUCCGGAAAAAGAUUCAGUUGCUAGACGCGGAGAACUCGGACGAAAUUGAAAAGAUCGCACCGUAAAGUGUUUUCGACCAGCUACUGGUGAAAGGCGUAGGAGCUUUUUUGGGUCAUACUUGUUUUGAUUCUGAAUUUAUAAUUUUAUAUUUUAAUUUUUUUUCUUCCUUGACCUGACAUAAGGUAUACAAGCUAAUAAAUUUACAAUUACAAUUACAAUUUAUCUCUACCCAGUUCUAUCCAAACAUUUGAAAAGGGCCUAACUGCAAAAUGUAACAAAUUGAAAUUUCAUGUUUUCCAUUAACGAAUAUCUACCCGAGCACGUACAUAACGCAACAUUUGAUUAUGAAGAAUUUUGAUAGCGAUUUUACAACAAUUUAUAAAAGGGCCUAAUUGAUUUUUAUGACCGAACUGAUUAUGAAAGGACCUAGCUGAUUGAAAAGUGCCUAACUAGCAAUACACUCGUUUUAAAUGGAUUAUAACGUAUUAUUGUAUUAUGACUGAUUGUAAAAGGCUUAUAACAUCUUUUCCAUAAUAUACAUACAGGGUCAAUCUGACCAUCAAAUUAGAAUUCAGUUAAUUCGUCUAACUUUCGGUGUAAUAUCAGACUUGAACAGCAUUUUUUG